GUAUCCGCCAUCCAGCAUGUGCUGAGAACAAACACAGCUGCCUUCUCAUGACGUAACAGGGUUUAAGGUGUUAUAAAAGAAACUGCUGUUGUUCUUUUACCGCUGUAUCGACUAGGAAUUCACGUGUUAUCACGAGGCAUCAACACAAAAGGAUUUCACCGUUUUUCCUGAUCCAAGUUUGACUCUUUUAUUUAAGAAUUUGUAGUAUGUUUUUUGGAUACAGCGUUUUUGAACGUUUUUCUAUGGAAGAAAAAGGCAAUCAAAUCAUAGUUGAAAGUAAUUUCGACCAGAGAGACGCCUUUAGAGAAUCCUGAUCUCUGCCUUCACAGUCCUGGGUCCCUUAAGUGACGAAUUGGGUAGAGUUACCUGUCUCGUCUUCACCUCAUCAGUCUUCUUAAAUCUUAACAUUCCAUUCAUCUUGAUAAAAUGGUUGGAUUCAGACCUGCGGAUGUGCCCCCAACCGCUGCUGUGAAGUUUAUUGGUGCUGGAACAGCAGCCUGCAUUGCUGACCUAUUCACCUUUCCAUUGGACACAGCCAAAGUCCGGCUACAGAUCCAGGGAGAGGGGAAAGGUGCGGCAGCUAGUCAUGGCACAGCAGUGCGGUAUCGGGGUGUGUUUGGUACCAUCACCACCAUGGUGCGUACAGAGGGUGCCAGGAGCCUCUACAGCGGGCUGGUGGCAGGGCUCCAGAGGCAGAUGAGCUUUGCCUCUGUCCGCAUCGGCCUCUACGACUCUGUCAAGUCAUUCUACACCAAAGGCUCUGACCAUGUAGGAAUUGGCAGUCGUCUGCUGGCGGGCUGUACCACUGGAGCCAUGGCAGUCGCAUUAGCCCAACCCACAGAUGUGGUGAAGGUGCGCUUUCAGGCACAGACUAGUUCCUCUGGGCUAAACCGGCGUUACCAUGGCACCAUGGAGGCCUACAAGACCAUCGCCAAGGAAGAGGGCAUCCGUGGCCUGUGGAGAGGUACUGGCCCAAACAUUGCCCGCAAUGCUAUCGUGAACUGCACUGAACUGGUUACAUAUGACCUAAUCAAAGACCUACUUAUUAGAAACACAUCCUUGACUGAUGACCUCCCCUGCCACUUCACAUCUGCAUUCGGUGCAGGAUUCUGCACCACUGUGAUUGCCUCUCCUGUGGAUGUGGUGAAGACGAGAUAUAUGAACUCUGCCCUUGGCCAGUACAGCGGCGUCCUCAACUGUGCUAUUGCCAUGGUGACCAAAGAGGGACCCCUUGCCUUCUACAAAGGGUUCAUGCCCUCUUUCCUCCGACUGGGCUCGUGGAACGUGGUGAUGUUUGUUACAUAUGAGCAGCUGAAACGUGCCAUUAUGGCUGCCCGCCAAAACUACACCACUCCUCUGUAGACCUGGCUAUUGGCUGCAGUAGAGGGUGACCCUGUGCUGAUGUGGUUGCUUUUAUUCAACAACAAAAAAUGUGGCCCAUGUAGUUUCCUUUUUUAAACCACUUUUCACUCACCUUUCACACAAAGUGUGUUUCUGAGACUCAAAAGCUGUUCUGUCUUUUUAAGUACUAACUUCUGACAAUAAAUGAUAUUUUGAA